AUGUAUCGAUCAAACGAACCAAGACAUCAGAAACACCUACAACGAAAAGUACGCGAAAAAUCUAAACAAAAACAAGUUGCUGAUCACCCAAAUGCACCUGCAAAAUCGGAAGAUAACACCACUGAGGGUUUCAAUGUUGUGUAUAAUUUUGCUGAUGAUCUUGCAAAUGAUGCAAAAGUUAUAAAAGAUCAAAGAACAUAUAUUGUUAUGUCAAUUGGUUUGUCGAACAUAUUCGGCCGUCUUAUUAUUGGUAGUUUAGGUGAUCUAAAAUGGGUGAAUUGUAUUUACUUAUUUAUUUUAACAAUGAUUAUUUCUGGUGUAGCUACUAUGGCAGCUCCAUUAUGUGACUCUUCUGUUAUUCAACAUAUAGGCUAUGCAUCUUUUUUUGGCUUCUUUUCAGGCGGUUCCGUUGCUUUAACACCGCUUGUUCUUACCGAAAUAGCCGGUGACAAGAAAUUAACGAAUGCCUUAGGUCUUAGUUCUCUUUUUGUUGGCGUUGCAGUUGCGAUUGGAACACCGGUUGUUGGAGGAAUGCGAGACGCUUUUUCACAUUUUGCGCGUCCUUUUCUUUGGCCCUAUCUUGUAUUUGGUGGUUGCACAGUUUUCAGUGGUAUUAUACUAUUUCCCGCUGUUUCUCUUUCGAAAAAAAGAAAGCGAGAGGAGCAAAGGGAGCAGAGGGAGCAGCAAAUGGCAAUAAAUUCUAAGGCUGUUUCCUCUAGACAAGACCCCAAUUGUCCAGAGCAACGACAAGAGCUUUAA